AGGACGACUGUGACGAUGCAGCGUGCUUUCUGCUGAUCAUAUGGUGGACGACGAAUUGUGUAACUCCAGUGAACAGAAACUAAAUACAGUGUGCACUCGUCGGGGUAGAAUGUCUGUUUUUGCUAUGCUGGCCGUCAUAGUGUUUCAUGUUAGAGCAACCAUCAAGACAGGCAGGAGUCACCAACUUUGUGCUUUCGAAGCAAAAUAAAAACAUUGUUGCGUACAUAUGCGUUACACUCGCAGCUUGCCACCAUUGAUUUUAGAGCUUGCUCAGUCAAUGUCGGAAUGUUUCCCUCUCUGUCCCGUUGAGGAGUAGGUAGGGGGCACGGCCGGAGGAGGGGCGACCCUGCUCGUAUAGUCAAGUGUGUUGUAUAUGCUGCCGCCGCGCGAUAGGCAUGGCGCGGCGACAUCUUGCCCUCCUGUAUUCGCGUCGCCGCUGUGACCUGUAGCAGUAUGAGGCGGAUUCCUAAAUCGCCACCUUCGCUGUUACGGAAACAAAUAUGGCCGCCCGCUCUUCCGCUGCUCCUGUGCGGAACUCGACAGUGCAGCGGACACUGUUAUCUUCUGCCCGUAUUGUUUUAAGUGUGUGCGUACGUGUGUACCAAGAGAAUAGUGCACUUCUUCACAUUCAAUUCCGCCGACCGUCGGUUGCACUUCGAUGAGUUCGACAGUUUCUGGAAGUAAAUAUAGUAGUGGUAGCAGUGUCGUCUUUUAAUCCUACGCUUGUCAUAGAGAUGUAGCCGAAUGUGACCGUGUGUAAACGCGAGUGAAUAUCUGGAAGAAGGUCGAGAUGGGCGAACGACUCUCCCCUCUCCCGCAUUUCCUCCAUUUUGUCGUGAAUCUGAUCCAUCAGCCGUAAAUUUUGUUCUGAUCGUAACUACUAUCAAGUGUUGUUACUUAAGUUUACUCAUACAUGAACUGAUCAUACUGAAAAUGUGUAACGCUAAAAUCAUGUUAUGUAGAUCGCCGUUGUAUAUGGGCAGAUUUCCUAAAACUAGGUUAUAAACACAUUGAUGGUAGCUAUGUUCUUAACCUUCAGUGAAACUGUGAAAAGAUAAGUGAGGCCAGGCCUCGACCUAGAAGAAUGCCACCAGCUGACUGGGAGUUUCGUAUGAGAGUCAUCAGACUGGAAACCUACAUUUAUGAAAUGAUUUUCUGUGAUGUCAGCUGGUUCUCAAAUUCAGAUGGCACCACAGACAAAUGUCAAUUCGGGCCAACCAGUUCAUAGUCAAGACUCCAAUAUGAGUACAGGUUCAUCUCACAGUGACAAAGAGGUGGACCCAAAUACUCCAGAGAAACUCCCUCGUUCAGCUUCAGAGCAAAGAAAGCGUAAGCGAAAGGUGGAUGAUGGAGGAGGGGGAACGGUUGUGGGUGCGGGAGUACCAGUGGGGGCAAAGGGGGCAAGGGCAAGUGACAACAAGAAGAUGACAGAAUAUUUCCCAAAGCAUGCGAGCAACAGUCCGAUUAGGCACGGGGGCUCUAAAAGUCCAUCACCACAGCAAGGGUUUAUGUCACUUUUGUUACAGUACCCACCAUCACCACAACCAAUACUACAGUCCCCACAGACACCAGUUCAGGGUGUACCACCAGAGUACAGUAUGAUGCACCCUCCUAGGCCUCCACCUACGGUCAGCAAGCAUGUUCAGACUGAAUUAACAUGCCAAAGGAUACAAGAGUUUGAGACACAGGCUUCGUCUGACCUCGAGUUGCGGAACAAUAAAAUAGAUGAGCUGAACCGGUCAAUGGAGGAGAUGAGGCACCAAAUAGCUCAUCAACAGAAACAAAUGGAGCAGCAUAAAUCUCACAUAAAUAAAUGUAUAGACGUUGUGAAGAAGUUACUAAAGGAGAAAUCAAAUAUUGAGAAGAAAGAAGCACGGCAGAAAUGUAUGCAAAACAGAUUGCGUUUGGGUCAGUUUGUUACUCAGAGGGUAGGGGCAACUUUCCAAGAGAACUGGACAGAUGGAUAUGCUUUCCAGGAGCUUGCCAGGCGACAAGAAGAAAUUACUGCAGAAAGAGAAGAAAUAGAUAGGCAAAAGAAAAUGCUCUUAAAAAGGAGGCCAUCAAAUAAUGAAACGGGUCGGAAACGUAAUAGUGGUCAAGCAAGUCAAGGAGCAGCUAUCCUGCAUAAUGGUACGGAUGCCACGUUCCUGAAGCCUGAUGCUGUUCCAGGCCUCUCUUGGCAAGAAUACUAUGAGUCUGAUGAAAUUCUUAAGCUGCGGCAAAGUGCCCUGAAAAAAGAAGACUCAGAUCUGCAGCUAGAAAUGGAGAAACUGGAACGGGAACGAAACCUUCAUAUUCGCGAAUUGAAAAGAAUUCACAAUGAAGACCAGUCUCGUUUCAAUAACCAUCCUGUGCUGAAUGAAAGGUACCUCUUGUUAAUGCUGCUGGGUAAAGGUGGAUUCAGUGAAGUUCAUAAGGCCUUUGACUUGAAAGAGCAGAGGUACGUAGCAUGCAAGGUACACCAAUUAAAUAAAGACUGGAAGGAAGAUAAGAAAGCUAAUUACAUCAAACAUGCACUGAGGGAAUACAACAUUCAUAAAGCGCUCGAUCAUCCUAGGGUUGUUAAGUUGUAUGAUGUAUUUGAAAUAGAUGCCAAUUCGUUUUGUACUGUUCUUGAAUACUGUGAUGGCCAUGACCUGGAUUUUUAUUUGAAACAGCAUAAAACAAUUCCAGAAAGAGAAGCUCGCUCCAUUGUGAUGCAGGUUGUCUCUGCUCUGAAAUACCUCAAUGAGAUAAAGCCCCCUGUUAUUCAUUAUGACCUGAAACCUGGAAAUAUCUUACUUACUGAAGGCAAUGUCUGUGGAGAAAUCAAAAUUACAGACUUUGGUUUGAGUAAAGUAAUGGAUGAAGAAAAUUAUAAUCCUGAUCAUGGUAUGGAUUUGACAUCACAAGGAGCUGGCACUUACUGGUAUCUGCCUCCAGAGUGUUUUGUAGUAGGAAAGAACCCCCCAAAAAUAUCUUCGAAGGUUGAUGUGUGGAGUGUGGGAGUAAUAUUUUAUCAGUGUCUUUAUGGAAAAAAGCCAUUUGGACACAACCAGUCACAAGCUACAAUCCUAGAAGAGAAUACAAUACUGAAAGCAACUGAAGUUCAGUUUGCAAAUAAACCAACAGUUACAAAUGAAGCCAAGAGUUUCAUCCGAAGCUGCUUGGCCUACCGAAAAGAAGACAGAAUAGAUGUUUUCGCAUUAGCUCGUCACGAGUACCUGCAGCCACCCAUGCCAAAGCAUGUAAGGCAGAACAGUAGUCAGCAACAGUUGCAGCAGGCUGUUGCAGCGCAGCAGCAACAGCAGCAGCAGCAGCAGCAACAACAACAGUCAUUCAGCACAGGAAUGUUCGGUGGCAUGAACGCAUCAAGUUCAUCGUAGUGUAUGUGUGGCGCGUGUGCCGUGCCGUGUUGUGCUGGGGGGCCCACAGACAGUUUUAGGGCAACGUGGAUGACAUUUUCUUAUUUACGCGUUAAUAAACAAACAUAUUUUCAGCAAAACAGACCAGCUAUGGGACAAAGUGCUGCUCAUUUUCCUCUUCCAGUCUGGUUUUUAUUCAUUUUAUGCCCUCGCAGAGGCCUGUUUUCACCCAUGAAGCGCAGUUUAUUUUAUUUAUUCUCCUUUACAAAUAUAUUACAUCAUUAGAAGCAGGAAAUAAAACUCCAAAAAGUGCUCUCAAGUACGUAACUCUUGGUAUAGUUCCAGCGUAGGACAGUGCUCCAUUUAUUUUGUGUCACUAGGCAGUAGGAUAUGUAAACUGAUGCUAAAUGAUAUUUGCUUUAGACAUGUUCAGUAAUUCUAUAUUAAGAUAAAUAUUGAAGUUUUUACAUGGAAUGCAGAACAUUACAUGAAAGUAAAUCUCAUGGAGUGCUCAUUUGCUUUCCACCUGGCACAGUGUCAUUUGCAGAAUGCAUGCCAUUAGUUAAGCAGUGAAUUUAUAUGUGCUCAAACUUAAUAGAAAAUCUUGUGAUGUUAGUCUGAUGAAUGAACUGACUUUUUAAUGAAUGAUCUGUGAUAUAAAUGUGAUUGUACACAUUUUCUUAAACGUGACAGAUUUUAGUUAACUGAUAUGUUUUAAUGUCCAGUUUAAUUUAUUAUCAUGUUGUAGCUCAUAAUUACAUUGUUUUCCAUUUGCCAUAUAUUUUGUAAAAUUAAAACUGUAGCUGUAUUGUUUUGCAUUAUUUUGGCAGGUGGGAAGCAGAUACAGUUUUCAGUUGCAUUUGUAAAUGAAUUGUGCAGGAAGAUUUUUAACAUGAUUUCUGUACAGUGGAACUGACUAAAUGAAAUAAGUUUGCAAGAAGUAAUGUGAUGUUCUGCGGUAUUUCAGGCAAAUUAAUAUUUGGAGCAAGAAAUUUAUGGUUAAAUCUCUAUAUAAUACAUACAUAUUCUGACCUACAUUUGCACAGAAUAAUGUAAACCAUUCAUAAUAGAACUUAACAGAUCAACUGAUAAUGUUCUGGUCUAGGAAAUCUGUCUUUCUAGUACUGGUAAAUGUUUCUGUUCUGUUGUGUUGCACACCACACGUCUUUAAUCAUGUUGUUUACUGUUGUUUUGAAUAGUGAGUUCCCUAUACUGAAGUGCUUUAUUGGUGCUCGAUGAUGUUCGCUCCUCCUGGGAGAAUGUGCGCAGGACAAUAUUUUUGCGGCACCUUAAGAAGUUCCUCGUUGUAGUGUAGAGGCACUGCCAGUGGGAUGCUUGUAUAGAGCAGAGGGGGGGAGAAAUACUUGUGUAUGUAUGUGUAUAUGUAUAUAUCUAUAAAUAAAACAAAUCCCUGCCCUCAUCUGCUGGGACAGCAAAGUUAUUCGGUGAGCUUAUCGUUGAAUCAAAGUUCACUGAAGUGUUAAUGAAGUGAACUGUUUGUUUGACUUUCUCUACUGGAUCAUAAAAGUAGGGAUGUGUAUGUUUUCUGUUUUGUUAUUCCCGUGUGGAAGUGAACACUGUGUAUACAUAUGUAGUGUAAAGCUUUAGUAACUUGAAAAGUGCGAGUGCAGGUGUGUGUGAAGUAUUCCGUGAAUAUUUCAACACUUCUCUCUUCCCAUCCCCCUGCUGAUGCUUCUUCUGCUGCUUCCGUGUUGACAAAAUGUCACUGGUCCAUAUGAUUUAAAUUUUAUUUCCUGUCUGGUUUUGUAAAAACAUAAUUGUUGAUUUCGAAAACAAUUUUUACAACAUGGAAACCACUGAAUUGUGUAAUAGUCUGAGUAAAAAGUGGUAAUGUAUUUAAAAUUAUAUAAAAGGCAACUCAAAUUAA